AGAGCAAGAGCACCCCGGCGGCGCGGGCCAGCAAGAAGAUCAGCCUGCCGGAGCCCAGGUCCAGAUUCUGCAAUCGGAUCUGCACAGGUGGACUACUAUGGGGCAUUGAGUGGGUGCAAGAGUCUGCAAAUGCUGAUUGGUUUGUAGGAUUGGGGCAUAAAUUGGAAGGAAGAGUAUCCGCAGUGUGAUGCAGAAGUAUCUUGAGGAGAGAGGUGAAUUAACCUUUGACAAGAUUUUCAAUCAGAAGAUUGGAUUUUUGCUUUUUAAAGAUUAUUGUAUGAAUGAAAUUGAUGAAGCUGUCCCUCAGCUGAAAUUUUAUGAAGAGAUAAAAGAAUAUGAAAAACUGGAUUCUGAGGAGGAACGUUUUAGCAGAAGUCGGCAGAUUUAUGACACAUACAUAAUGAAAGAGCUGCUGUCUUGCUCACAUCCGUUCUCAAAGAAAGCUGUAGAUCAUGUACAAACUCACCUUGCCAAGAAACAAGUGCCACCAAAUCUUUUUCAGCCAUACAUAGAAGAAAUUUGUGAUAGUCUCCGAGGAAAAAUAUUUCAGAAAUUUAUGGAAAGUGACAAGUUUACUAGAUUUUGUCAAUGGAAAAAUGUAGAACUAAAUAUUCAUCUGACCAUGAAUGACUUUAGUGUACACCGAAUAAUUGGGCGAGGGGGAUUUGGUGAAGUAUAUGGUUGCAGAAAAGCGGACACUGGAAAAAUGUAUGCAAUGAAAUGUUUAGAUAAGAAGAGGAUCAAGAUGAAGCAAGGAGAAACAUUAGCCUUAAAUGAAAGAAUUAUGCUGUCGCUAGUCAGUACUGGCGACUGCCCUUUUAUAGUAUGUAUGACCUAUGCCUUCCACACCCCUGACAAACUCUGCUUCAUCCUGGACCUGAUGAAUGGAGGAGAUUUGCACUACCACCUCUCACAGCACGGGGUGUUUUCUGAGAAGGAGAUGAGGUUUUAUGCUACUGAAAUCAUCCUAGGCUUAGAACACAUGCACAAUCGAUUUGUUGUAUACAGAGACUUGAAGCCUGCAAACAUCCUGUUGGAUGAGCACGGACACGUAAGGAUAUCAGACCUUGGUCUUGCUUGUGAUUUUUCCAAAAAGAAACCACAUGCUAGUGUUGGUACCCACGGAUACAUGGCUCCUGAGGUGCUCCAGAAAGGAACAGCAUACGAUAGCAGCGCAGACUGGUUCUCUUUAGGCUGUAUGCUUUUCAAACUUCUGAGAGGUCACAGUCCUUUCAGACAGCACAAAACCAAAGAUAAGCAUGAGAUCGACCGGAUGACACUCACCGUGAAUGUGGAGUUACCAGAUUCAUUUUCCCCUGAACUAAAGUCCCUUUUGGAAGGGCUUCUGCAACGUGAUGUUAGCAGGAGGCUUGGCUGUCAGGGUAGCAGCGUGCAAGAAAUAAAAGAGCAUCAUUUUUUCCAAGGAAUUGACUGGCAGCAAGUCUACUUACAAAAGUAUCCUCCUCCACUGAUUCCUCCCCGGGGAGAAGUAAAUGCAGCAGAUGCUUUUGAUAUUGGCUCCUUUGAUGAAGAGGACACUAAAGGCAUUAAGUUGGUUGAUAGUGACCAAGAAUUGUAUAAGAACUUCCCUCUGGUAAUAUCAGAGCGUUGGCAGCAAGAAGUAGCAGAAACUGUUUAUGAUGCAGUAAAUGCAGACACGGAUAAAAUGGAGGCCAGGAAGAGGGCUAAAAAUAAACAACUUGGCCAUGAGGAAGAUUAUGCACUAGGGAAGGACUGCAUUAUGCAUGGGUACAUGUUGAAAUUGGGGAACCCAUUCUUGACUCAGUGGCAACGUCGUUACUUUUACCUCUUUCCAAAUCGACUUGAAUGGCGAGGAGAAGGAGAAUCACGGCAAAAUCUACUGACAAUGGAACAGAUAGUCUCAGUGGAAGAAACUCAGAUUAAAGAUAAGAAAUGCAUCUUGCUGAGAAUUAAAGGAGGAAAACAAUUUGUCCUGCAGUGUGAGAGUGACCCAGAGUUUGUUCAGUGGAAAAAAGAGCUGACAGAAACCUUUACUGAGGCACAGAGGCUGCUGCGUCGUGCUCCAAAGUUUCUCAAUAAAUCUCGCUCAACAGUUGUCGAGCUUUCAAAGCCACCACUCAGCCAUAGGAAUAGCAAUGGGCUGUAGAAGAGAUGAGAGAACAAAGGUCACUUAGGGAAAGCUACUCCGUCACCUUGUAUGAGGGCCACAGCAUCAUUAGUUACUUGUACAAUCCCUGAACCAGGAAGUACUUAGAAGAAGACGCCUUGGAGGUUUACAGCAUGGGAUGAUGACAGGACUCUACAUCUGGAGGUUGUGAAGACUAAUGCUAUGACAAGGUGAAUUCUCACUUAUAGCUGUAGUGAAAGUUGCCAAAUGUAGAGGCUGCUUAUUGUUCCCAUGCAUCGUCACACCCUGGUGGUGUUCGAAUGGUCUGUUAUCCUAGGACUAUCGAAGGAAGGAAGAUAAUCUUUUAUUUGCAAUACCCUUGUUUUGGUAUGUACCAAACCUGGAAACUGAAAUGAUUACUACCCUUUAUCAUUUACAUGUCGAUGUCUGUUAUUGACGUAUCCCAGACUUUGGAAGGAACCGCAAAUUUGUCAUGCGGGAUAACAGGUAAUCCUAUGUGUUGCCUUGUUCUUUCCAGUCAUCAUUAUUGACUUUAAUAUAUCCUUGCUCCAGACUGCUGGUGAUCAACAGUGUAAGUCUUAUGCACUUCAAAGUUCUGAGUUCUAACUGUCCUGUGGUUUGAAUGUUGUUGGUACUUCAUGGAAACAUUGAACUCAGAUUAUUCACUUGGUUUGUUGUACUCACUAAUAGUAGCUACCACCAUUUUGUUUCUUUUACUUACAUACAAAACUAUAACUGACACAACAGAGUAAUAACUGGUGAAGAGGAAUAUAUGGUAGCUUCAUCUAGUGGUCGGUUGUAUAAGUUGAUUAUUUUAGCACAGUUUUUAAACAGCAGAUUCCUUUGACAAGUUUACAGUGAAUACAAAGACAGUUCUUUUCCAUGUCAGCUCAACUGCACUUUUUAAAAAUUAAAGAAUUCUGUAAAUCCAGUGCAUACUAGUGCACAUACUGGAUUAAAAUGUAUGGAUAACUUGGUAUGUAUUCUUCUGGAUCGCUCUUAAGAUGUUGGACUCAUAGACCCUUCUCUCUCUCUCUCUUUUAAAGUAAUGUGUUCUCAUAGCAUAGUUAUCCCGGCCAAGCACUUAAUAUUCACAUGCACAUCAGAUGGCAGGAAUUUCAAAAAGAAGUCCAAAUUUCCUUUUAUAGAGAAUUCAGACAUUCACACUGAAAACAGUCUGAGAAUAGUGAGGAUGAAAAUGCAAAAAAUAAGAUGAUUAUAUGCCAAAUGUAUGUAAAUUCUCCUUAUGCCAUCAUUCAUAUGUCACGUGUAAGGUGAUAUUUCAGGGAAGUAAAAAUAUAGUAUAUAAUCUUUGGACAACUUUGAACAUUUCAGAACAAUUUCUACCCUGUUAUGCAUACUGUGAGUCUCAUUGAAUCUAAUGGGUUUGCAAGAGGUGCAAGUCAGAGGAGAAUUUGAGCCUUCAUCUAAUUCUGUAUUACGUUGUUUAUUGCGGGUCACAUUCUGCUGAGUUACAUGGGUAUAACUCUCAUAAAAGUCAACAAAGUCAAUGGGACUUGCACCUGUGUAAAUGGGAGCAGAAUUUGCACCAGCAAUCUGUUUUGCUCAUCCCUUCUGACCAGUUCAUUUCUAGCUUGUCUGGCUAACAGUCAACUGCAGAGCUUCAGAACAGUUUCGUGGACAGCAAAGUAUAAAGUGCCAAAAAACUCAAAAAUCCUUUUUUUUAAAAAUUCCUCUAUUUAUCCUCCACAUUCUUGUGAAAUUGGAUGUAUGAGCUACUAAAACUGGGAUGGCUUAAUAAAUCUGACAACAAUGCCAACCAUUUUUCUUACACCUUGUUAUAGUGUGAAUUUUAAAAAAUAUUUUAUGCUUGGCAAGUGGUAAUUUUAAAAGGAUAUUUUCACAUUCAUUUUCUUGGAGUACAUUUUAAAAUGAGCAUGGAGUUCCAUUUUCAUCUACUGAAAAGUAAUGUUUGAAGGCCAAGUAUAUUUCUAUGAGCAGUAACUGUGGUAUUUUCCUAAAUUCAUGCCACUGUGAAGUGGCAGAUUGUUAAUGUAAUCUACUGUACAUUGGAUAUUUUUUAAUUGUUUUCCUAGACUACCACACACACACGCCUAUUCUGAUUUGUGUUUUUGAAUAAAAAGAAAGCUCAAUCUAUUAUAAAACCACAUUAAAAAAACCCUCAUAUCAUCUCUUACUCCUUUCAUGUUUUAUUAGUUCAAGGUCAAUUUGAUCAGUUCCAUUUGUUCUCUUUUAAUUAUUUCCAGUAGCUGAAGUUUUCUUUCAUCAUAUCCUUUGGGAACAUUUGUGGGUCUAUGGUUGAUUCUGAUAGUUUCAUCAUACUAAAUUCUAAAAUGCUAUUUUCUGUCGAUAAAAGGAAGAUAUAUUUGCAGCUAAAAAUGUGUGCCUCUAAAACAUUCAUUUGUUUGAGUCAAAGCUAUGUAAUAACUUGUGGAAGAUAUGUUUAUUUUAAAAAUUAAAUUACAAAAUAGAGUUGGUUUGACACUUGAAUAUACUGUAAGCCUUGUGCAUUAUCACCUCAUUUUUGUAAGUAAUCUGGAUUUUGAUUUUUAAAAUGGCAGCUAAAAUCAUCUGUCAUUUAAUAUUCACUGCAUUCCCUUUGAUGAUUGCUUAUAGGAGUCAAAUAUUAAUCUGCAUAUAUCAUUAUUUAUUUUCCUCCAGUUUUAUUUUUGCCCAGAAUAUUAACAUGAAUUGUUGAAGCUUUGUAGAAGUUGUGUUUUGCACCAUUCCACUGUCUUAGUCAGUAACUUCACAUUUCUGAAAGAACAGUUACCUUAACAAAACCCCCACACUUGUAUUCGUGGUAAAGUAUUUUAUCACUAAUAAAUGAAGGUUUUGCUUGGAAAAUUCAGAAUCAGAUUUUAUACUGUAGAGAGAGAUUUAAAAUUUAAGAAUUCCGAAGUCAGAGAUUUGUUGUUCUUAACCAAUUGUUGCUAUUUUAGAUAUCAAAUUCUAUAAUGUCUUUAUGGGACAAACAAAAUUGUUUUUUCAUGAGGAUCUUUAAAGAAUGUAAAUAUGUUGUAAAACUUGUUAAAAAUGGAAAAUGUGAGAUAAGACUUGGUUUUGUCUUUUAGACAUCUGAACCCCCUUUGUACACUCAGUGUGCUUAUAAAAUGUUCAGGGAACUAAUUAAAAAAAAAAAAAAAUACUGCUUGCGUCAACAAAACUAACUGAAACGUUAAAUGCAGCUUUUCAGUAUGUUGCUAUCUGCAAGGCUGUAAAUGUUUGUUCAGCUCUAGUGCAGACUUUUAUUUUAUGCAUUUGUGGGUAACUUUUUUCCCUUUCAUUGUAGAGCGAAAUAUAUUCCAGAUAAUGUCAGAUUCACCCUCCUACACCUUGGGUGUUGCUGGGGAUAUUUCUCAGUCAUUCUGUAUAUUAGUUCUUCUGACAUAUGAGCUGAUGAAUUUCUGAAGGCCCUAACCCUACAGAGACUUGUUUAUGUGCAUCAGUGUAAUCAAGCCCAUGAGUAAUGUGAUUGAGACUGUUCACAUGAUUAACGUUAAGCAUGCAUGUAAGCUUUUAAAGGCUUAGGGCCUAACAGGCUUCAGAAUUGUCCUUGAAAGACAUGGGGCUCACUGUGCAUUCUUUGCUUACUACAGUUCCCCUAGUGACGAAAGACCAUGGCAGUUUGAGUGUGCAGGGAAUAAGUUAGACCCGGGGCAGCUCUAGGCAUUUUGCCGCCCAAGCACGGCAAGCAGGCUGCCUUCGGUGGCUUGCCUGCAAGAGGUGCCCGGUCCCACGAAUUUGGCGGCAGCCUGCGGGAGGUCCGCCGAAGCCGCAGCACCAGCAGACCCUCC